AUGGUUUCCCCCGUGCGAGUUCGGUGGUUGGACUGGGCUGCCGACUGUUUUGACAACUGGUAAACUGAGUCUCGGCAGUCUGUAAAGUUUCAGAACCGCAGGUAGCGGAGUCAGUGCCAUGGUGGGUGUAGAGCGCAUUACGAGCUGGUGAGGGUGUGAACUUUGCAACAAGGAGUCCACGCGCGACCUGUCAGCGGGAGAGAAGAAUGGCUCGGAAUGUGAACUUUGACCUAGGUCAUCCCCUUAUUGAAUCCGGACUAGAAAGCCCAGCAGAUGAGGAAGGUGUUCAUGACUCAUUCCACCAGCUAAUAGCAGAGCAGAUUCACAAUGGAGGCUUGGAUGAUGCCUUCGAACUGCAGCAACUACAGAAAGAACUGGAUGAUGAAAGCCGAGACAAUGUGGCUCAUCUGUCCAGCUCUGGACCAGAGCGCAAUGAGCGGAGGAAUCAGGGAAGACUGGUGGGAAUGCAGGAUGAUGAACAACUAGACCCUGCCACUAGUGAACGUUGGUCUUCAGCCACCUUGAAGAUCCUGUCCUCCAUGCCCAGUCGCACCAUUGGUCGCAACAGGGGAGCCAUCAUCUCUCAAUACUACAACAGGACCAUGCAGCUUCGCAGACGCAAGCAGAGCAGACCCUCCAUCCAAGACUUCUCCCGCUCGGCUAGACCGAGCAUUCGAGGUUACGGCAUCGAGACAGACGGUGCAGAUGCAGAGGCAAAUAAAAGGGAUCGUCUGGUAAAUAACCUGCAGAACCUGUCGGUGAGCGACAGAGUCAGGAUGCUCCGGGCUAUGCCUCUUAGUAUUUCAGAAAAAACGGAACUCAGAAAGUUAGCUUUGCAAAAGGAGAGACGCACUCUGUCAAGCAAGCAGAUCCCCUGCUGCAGUCGACUCAAAUAUUACAUCAUUAUUGCCGCAAGACAGAGUUGGUACAGUUGGCUGUCUUUCGUGCACUCUCUCCAGCUGUGGCAAGUGGCACUCAAGCGAGUGAGCGGCCGUUUCGGCAGCGGGGUCCUGUCGUACUUCCUGUUUCUCAAGACCCUGCUCUUCUUCAAUCUCUUCCUCUUUCUGAUGACGGGUGUGUUCGUAGUGCUUCCUCAGGCAGUGCACCCACCUGCUCUGUUUAACAACACACGAGCUUUCACUGGACUGGAACUGUUUACUGGAGCGGGAUAUUUCUCGGACUCAGUGAUGUACUAUGGGUACUACUGUAACUGCACGCUGCGUACGAGCUGCACCAAUCAAAGUGCUGCGCAGUAUAUAUCCGUGUCCAAUGGCACCAGUAUGGACUGCACGUUGAAGCAUCUGCCUUACAAGAUGCCUCUUGCCUAUUUCUUUACUAUAGGCAUGGCCUAUUUUGUCACAUGUAUCAUCCUUGUGUACAGCAUGUCAAAGUCAUUUGGUCGAAGCUUCCGAAUUGACAAAUCUCAUAGCAUCCUGGCAAUUAAGGCCUUCUGCUCCUGGGACUUCAAGGUCAUCAAAAAAUCUUCCGUUAAACUCAUGUCUGGGAAUAUCUGCACCCAGCUCAAGGAGCUGCUAGCAGAGGUGAAUUGCAAACACACCAAAAAGACUCUUUGCCAGAAUCUGUGGAGAGUGGCAGUCCACUGUCUGGCGUGGGCUAUUUGUGUAGCGAGCACCACCGCUUGUGUGCUCGCCAUCUAUUUCUUCUCUGACCACAUGCACCGGAACCUCCAGCAAAGUUCUCGCAGUGUGACCAUGAACCCCUUGCUGAAGGAGGCCAGCCUCCUCGCCCUCCCUGUGGUGGUGUCCUUUAUCAACUUGCUGCUGCCUAUUAUGUUUAAGCUGGCCGCAUGGAUGGAGGAAUACGAGUCACCUACCGUCCGCACAUACGUUGCCAUUAGCAGAAACUUGAUGUUAAAAGUGAGCGUGCUUGGAGUCCUCUGCUACCAUUGGCUGGGUCGGGUGGCUGCUGAACCAAAUAGUCUCGGCCUGAAGUGCUGGGAGAGUUUUGUUGGCCAAGAACUUUAUCGCUUCCUCUUAAUAGAUUUCAUCUUUACUCUACUAGACACCUUGUUUGGAGAAUUUCUUUGGAGGUUGUUUUCAGAGAAGGUGCUGAAGAAGAAGAGGAAACCAGUGUUUGAUAUUGCCAAGAAUGUCCUUGACCUCAUCUAUGGGCAAACGCUAGCCUGGCUGGGCGUUCUCUUCACGCCUCUGCUGCCUGCGGUGCAGAUAUUGAAACUCCUGCUGCUUUUUUACAUUAAAAAGGGCAGUGUAAUGAUGAACUGCCAGGCCCCUAGUAGACCAUAUAGAGUCAGCCAGAUGACCACCAUCUUCAUCACUCUCCUCUGCUUCCCCUCCUUCCUCGGAGCCUCUGUGUGCGUCACCUACACCAUGUGGAGUAUCACGCCCUCCUCGUCAUGUGGGCCCUUUCGUGAACUCAAAACAAUGUUUCAGGCUGGAAAGCGUUGGGUGGAGGACCUCGAAAAAGAAAAUCCCAAUUUAUCCAUGUUGGCCAGGGCUCACUCAUUUCUGGUGGAGAACCCACUCUUCCUGUUUGUGGGAGCAGGCAUCUUCCUGAUCGUCAUCUAUUUCCACAGCCAAGUGGUUGAUGGUCAAAGGAAGAUUAUCGGCUUACUCCAAGAGCAGAUCGAGAAUGAAGGGGAAGACAAGAAGUUUCUCAUCACUCGCCUGCAGUCCAUCCAUGAGCAGAGACGAACCUCCGCCCGGAGACUCACAAGUCAGGAUUCCAACUGUUGAGACACCAACGACUGCACUCCAGCUGUCAAGCUUCCUUCAAACCUGAAGGCCUUUUAACUGGAAAAAUCACUGACAAAGGGUAGUGCCAUAUGACCAAAAUUCAAAUGUCUAAAGCAUUUGUUGAACUGAACAUAGGUGUAUUUGAUCAGGAAAAAUUCUCUGACAAUACGAAAGAUGAAACAAAAGUUUCAGCUUUGAGAAAAUAACAGAACUCAGAUGUUAGGGAGUCAAAAUAAUAGACUGCAUAAGUGAUAAACUGAUUCAUUCUAUUUUGAAAAGUUGUAGAUGCACUUUCAUAUGAACUGUGAACUGUUUUUAUUUUAUUUUAUUUCAGAUCUUGUGUGAAAAGUAUGCAAUAGUCUUUUUUUUUUUACAUUGUGGUAUAAAGUGUGUGCCGCAGGCAACUGGAUGCUGGAAAUUGUCUUACAUUUGUGUAUUGUUAGGUGUAACACCGUAAUUGUACUUAUUAAAACUAAGUUAUAUUUUAUACAUGU